GUUACUCGCGACCAUGCCUCAGGCCUCAUGGUGCAGGGCCCAGGGCUACCACGUUGCCUGAUAUCAGCGGACAAUCGUGAGACAUUUUGUUUCACCGUAGUCACGGCAACGACUCUGGCGACCAUCCAGAGUACAAAAGCCAAGGGCAGCGCACUCUGCAGCCCAGUUUCCGUCACCCUCCUUCUUCCCUCUUCCCCCUUUUCCAGGUCAUCUUCCACAGCACCGAGCAGGGUGCGUCUCACUAUUGCCACAUGCUGUAUCGACGCUGACCUUUCAUGCUUCCAGGCUCGUUUCGGUUUACUCUUUCGUCAACAGCUAGCUCUGCUCGUUACCCACUGUAGAACUUGAAGUUCGAACCACCGACCACUUCGCCUUGCCCUUCCUAUCCAAGCACUACCGAUUCACGAUGCGCUUCUCCACGAUCUUUGCUGCUGCCCUCUCCGUCGGCGUCGUCUACGCUGAGACGAUCAACGUCAUGGUCGGCGCGAACAGCACGCUCACCUUCACCCCCUCGGAGGUGACUGCCCAGGAUGGUGAUGUCAUUGCCUUCACUUUCUUGACGAAAAACCACACCGUCACCCAGUCGUCGUUCGCGGCUCCGUGCACGAACCUCAGUACCGACAGCGUAGACUCUGGCUUCCAGUUCGUUGCCGCUGGCGCCACGACCUUCCCGCAGUUCAGCUUCAACGUGACCAACACCAGCGCGCCCCUGUGGUUCUACUGUCGUCAGACAGGAAUUGCUGACGUUCAGCGCCGCCACAGUCACUGCGGGAUGGGCAUGGUCUUCGCUGUGAACCCGACCGUGAACAAGACGUUCGCCGAGUUCCAGUCCGCCGCCAUGGCGACCGCCAACUCGACGACGAACUCGACGACGACGACCAACUCCACCGGCACCUCGGGCUCCUCCCCCAGCAGCACGUCAGGUGCCCCAGGCGCGUCGGGCUCUGCCGGUGUGUCGCCCAGCUCAUCGGGCUCGGGCAGCUCGCCGUCGGCCACCAACAACGGCGCCAUGUCUGUCAAGACUGGCGGCGCGCUCCUGCUGUCGGGCGUCGGCCUCGUCGCGGGCCUGCUUCUCUAA